ACAGUAUGCUCUCAUUGUAAUUCAGUUUAAGGGAAUAUUGCGGCUAUGCGCCACACUCAAAACUCGAAAGUCAAAAAUGAAAUGUUUGGAAAUUUUGAGAUUAUUUAAUAGAGAGACUAUUUUAAAUUUUCACACGGGAAUUGGUACGGUUAGUUGCGUUUGAAUGGAAUUAUUGCGGUUUUACGGUCUACUCGGGGAAAAAUGGAAAGCAAAUUCGAGCAAAUUCGAGAUUAAAGUUGUACCUCGCCGAUUAUUUCCGUAAACCAAAGGCCUCGUUUCCACUGUUUUCUGUUUGCUUCUUUCAGUAGUGCAUUGGGAAGUUAUUUUUUUUGCAUCAUUUUGAUUUACAUAAAUUAUUUACAUCAGUGAGCUUGUAUUUUCAACUCUAUUGCGCACGAAAUACCCAUAAUGUGAAGGAGGACAUUGUUUAAAAAGCGAAUAAUAGGCAAAAUCUAAUCGGUAGAAUAUAUAUUGGCAACUUCUUUGAAAAAUUGGGGAGAAAUAAUUUUUCCCCCCUGGUGUACGGAAGUUUGCCAGGGGGUGGUGUACUCCAGGUCAAACGGAAGUGUGCCAUAUUCCACGCGUGACAACAAUUCGCGUUUGUUUACUAGCUUCGAGGAAAACUUGAUGCAAUUCGUUUAAACUUUGACAAUAUUUUUGACACUUACCUAUCGAUGAAACGACCUUAUUUCUCACGAGAUAUUUGUUGAGAUAUAGGCCUGUCAUUAUGAGGGUUUUUGGCGGCGAAGUUCAGUGUUCUUUAGGUAGAGAAUUUGUUUCAAAUAUGGACCUCUAAGACGAACGCACGCGUACAAAUAUGGACAAGUGAUAAUUGUCUGAAUUAAAACAUGGCUGAAAAUGAUGACUAUACAGACGCUCCGAAUGCCGAAGAAGCUAAAAAGAAUCCUGAUGCUUUAUUUGAUGAUUUUAUUGCUGCUUCGAACUUCUUGGAGACCUUGGACGUUUUUAAGAAGCUGUGUUCGAGCGUGAAUAUAGACCAGACUGAUUACCAAAACGUAUUCCGACUCUUAAAAGAGCGACUUACAAGUUGGAAAUGUCAAACUUUAUGGAACAAAUUGGACAAACGAGCCGAACUUCUGACUUACAAAAAGAAACCAUGUGGGAAAAAUAAUGUCCUGGUUAUAGGAUGCGGGCCAUGUGGUCUUCGCUUUGCUAUUGAGGCGGCAUUACUUGGAGCAAAAGUUGUCGUUUUGGAAAAGCGAAAUAGCUUUUCCCGCAACAAUGUAUUGCAUUUGUGGCCUUUUCUAAUAGUCGACCUCAAAAAUCUUGGCGCAAAGAAGUUUUUUGGUCGAUUUUGCGCUGGUACUUUAGACCAUAUUAGUAUCCGCAGACUACAACUAAUUCUCUUGAAGGUUUCCUUAAUUCUUGGUGUCCAAGUCCAUGCAGAAUGUAUGUUUGUGAAACUGCGAGAGCCAUCAGAAGAUCGAAGAUGGACUGCAGAAGUGAAACCCGAGAACCAUGUUGUGGGCAAAUACGAGUUCGACGUGAUCGUAGGAACAGAUGGACGAAGACACACGUUGAAGGGAUUCAAACGAAAAGAAUUUCGAGGCAAGCUCGCAAUCGCGAUAACCAUGAACUUUGUGAAUCGUAACUCGAAGGCUGAGGCGAGGGUCGAGGAGAUCAGUGGAGUUGCGUUCAUUUUCAAUCAAGGUUUCUUUCAGGACUUAAAGGAUUCAACAGGGAUAGAUUUAGAGAACAUUGUGUAUUAUAAAGACGAGACACAUUAUUUUGUUAUGACUGCAAAGAAGAAAAGUUUACUUCUCAAGGGAGUCUUGAAAAAGGAUCUCGCAGACCCACGAGACCUUUUGGCUGAGCGUAACGUGAAUCGGGAGCAGCUCCUCAACUAUGCACGGGAGGCCGCCGACUUCUGUACAGCAAAACAACUUCCUCAUCUCGACUUCGCCAUGACGCCACAAAAAUCUGAAGACAUAGCGAUGUUUGAUUUCACGUCCAUGUACGCCGCUGAAAAUGCUGCGAUGAUUUUCGAGAAGAAAGGACAUCGUUUGUUGACCUGUUUGGCCGGCGAUAGCCUGAUGGAGCCGUUUUGGCCCACUGGGUCUGGUUGCGCCAGAGGCUUUUUGUCCGUGUUUGAUGCCGCAUGGAUGAUGAGAGGCUGGGGCCUAGGACACCGUCCAAUAGAUCUCAUUAUGGAACGAGAAGGUGUUUACAAACUUCUUGCACAAACAACUGCUGACAACGUAUCGAAGAAGUUUGAUGAUUAUACAAUUGAUCCCAAGUCUCGCUAUCCUCCCGCAAGUGUGAGGAAGGCACCCAAAGAUUCUGUCAAGCAUUUGUACAAAGUCGUCCAGAACUCGUUGGAGGAGAGUUUGAUUGAAGAAAUACAACCAGAUAAUAUGGAAACUGAACAGGUUAUGAACAUUAAGAAUAAAGUGAGUCCUGAUCUGUUGCUCUCCUGGUGUCAGAAACACACGAAAGGAUAUAAAAAUGUAGACGUCAAAAACAUGUCAUCAUCUUGGAAAAGUGGUUUGGGAUUUUGUGCUCUUAUUCAUAAGUUCCGGCCUGACUUGAUUGAUUUUGAACGACUUAACGAGGAUGAUGUCGAGAAGAACAAUGAAUUGGCGUUUAGUGUAGCGGAGAAUGAGUUAGGAAUACCGCCACAGAUCUCAGCUGAAGAAAUGGCAAAUAAUGCAAGGACAGAUAUGCUCACUAUUGUAACCUAUCUUGCUCAAUAUUACGAGACUUUCAAAGACGAAAAACCUGUUCCACCACGAAGCAGCGCGUCCAGUGACGAGGUCACAUCGCCUGAAAACAAACAUAAAUCACCGUUAUCCAAACUGUCCUACAUUUCAAGAUUGAGCAUGAGAAAUAAAAAGGAUAAGCGUAAGCACAAGGAAGAGGUGCCAUCGGAAAAAUCAAGCAAGAAAUAUAAAGUGUCUGAUGAGAGCAAGGCAAAGCACGGAGGAAAGGAUGUUUCAUUAACUUCUUAUAAGAAAGGUAACAACAAUACUGGCGAGGCGGGAAAGAUGCAGAUAUCGGAUAGUGCCAACAAUAAACCAAGCAGCCGGAUCAGUGCUUUAGCUGAGCAAGUGUUUGGAGCGCCAGCCGAUAAAACUCAGCAGAUUAAAUCAACAGCAGGAGCACCUGUUCGUCAUGCUCGUGGUACACUUGGUAACAGCGAACAUUGUCAUUUCUGCAAUGAACGGAUAUUUGUCUUCGAAAGACUCUCGGCUGAAGGAUUCUUCUUUCAUCGCAAGUGCUUCAAAUGUGAACAUUGUGAGGUGACUCUACGACUGGGUAAUUAUGGUUAUGUCCCGCCACAAGAUAGUCAGCAAGGAAAAUUCUAUUGUAAACAGCAUUAUCGUAAAGUAUUUUAUGAAACGCCUGAAAAAUCGACUGAGGACAAAGAAAACCAAGAUGUUCAACCCGUGGAGCAAAAAACACGUCGGUCUCAUUCGAUUGGAGUCUUUGAUAUGAGCAUGCGUCAGAAAAUCGAAAAACCGAUUGACUUAGAGACGGCAGAUGUACGAUCACCCCCCCGAAAAGUACUCAAAGUUCCAAAGAACCUGAAGGAUCAGAUAAACGGUCGUGGAACUCCCCAGAGCAGCACUCCAUCCAGUGAACAUAAUGUAUCAGUGUCGCCGUAUGAGAUCAUCUCGCUUAGCAGUGUUGAGAAAUUGUCGGAUAAGGAAGAUGAAGAGGUCGGAAAGCAGUCGGAAGUAAGCGUAAAGCCUUCGGGAACGCCUAUCUCUCGAGGCAGUGCCAGUCGGAAAGCUCAUAGAUAUUCAAAACUAGAAGCCAGGCCUCUAAGGCGUUCCAGUGUUAGCGCGGUCAGGAAAUCAGAUAGAGGUACCAGGAGACUAUUCUUACAUAAGCGUAAACCCGAGGAGAAAAAGGAAACGAAGAAAGAAACUGGGCACAAGAUUGUUGCCUCGCCCGAAGCACCACCGAAACCACCGCGGGCUCAUCAAGUUCAAGAUGCCAGGGAGGAUAAAAAACCUGACGCUGUUGAGGAAAGUGGAGAAGGUAAACGUCGACGAAACUCCAAACGUGCAAAGUACCCAGAAUCAAUGGCCUUCUCGGAUCAGUUCUUGAUCACAAAGGCAGUCGAAAUGCCGCCUGACAGCAGCGGCAGCCCUGGAAACCAAGAGAACGUAACAUCUGAUCUUAGAGCAUGUCUUGGCGAAGCUACUCCGAGACGCAUCGGCCGACAAUCGGCCGGGCGACGACGAAAUGCAGACCCGAAGAAACAUUGGUCUGCGUAUUAUAGAGCAGCCAUGACUGAUGAUUCAUUUGACGAAGACACAAGACCUAAGUCACAACCCGAGCCACUAGAACCAUUCGAGCUCCCUACUGAACCUGUGCCUGAAACUGUUCCUGAACCUGGUCAUGAGCCACCCCAAAUGCCUCUCCCUACCCUCCACGAAGACCGUGUGCUGUCCCCAACCUCCCCCAAGAGACACCUUUGGUCCAAUCUCUUUGGUGGACAUCACAAAAAAGACAAGAAAAGCAAGGAGGAGAAGAGAAGAUUGAAAGAGGAACAUAGGAAAGAAAAGAAAGAGAAGAAACGAAGAAAGAAGGAAAAGAAACCCAAAAGCGACACUGAUGGCGUUCAGUCACCAGACGCUGCCCUCAGCGAUGCGGAUGAUGUGAGAUCUCCAGAUUUGUCAGAUGUGUGUUCUCCUGAAAGUAAUUACGAAUCCAGCGAGGAGGAAGAAGAACUUCCCGAAGCAGUCCGCCUCCGAAAGGGGAAAAAAAGACGAUUCCAGCUCGCGGAGAAAGAACGUGAUUUAAAACGACAAAAGAAAAAUCAGGAGUUCCACAUAAUGUUGGAAAUGAGGGAGAGGAAACGAAAGAGACUGAGGAUUGCUCAGUCAAUACAGCGAGAGCUUGGAGAAUGUGAAGUCAGGCAAAUGGAACUAGAGGAACGUGGUAUUUCGGUAGAGAUGAAGAUGGCACAGGUGGAAUCUGAAUCUGGUAACGAAACGGACGAACGUAAACUAGUCUUGGAAUGGUUUGAUUUGGUCAACAGGAAGAAUACUUUAGUCCGAUAUGAAUCAGAGCUGGUUAUAAGGUCGAAUUCCAUUGAGCUCGAGGAUCAACAACAGCAUCUUGAACAGCAGAUCAGAGACCUCAUGAUGAAAGAUGUCAGCACAGACGAAGAUCAAGUUAAAAUUGAGCAACUGACGCGAGAACUCGUGGAUAUUGUCGAACAAAGAAACAAGUUGGUGGAACUUUUGGACAAUGACAGGCAACGAGAACAAGAGGAAGAUGAGCAAUUUGAGAUGAUGAUGGCUUCCAAAGGAUUUGUUCUACCUUCAUAAGAUUGAUUCUAUGACAAGAUAGAAGUGGAUGACCAUGAAAGAACUAUGCCCUAGAAAGAGGUUAACACCACACAUGGUAUUCACAUGAAAAUCAUCUCAUUACAUUAUGAUCACAAAUGUAUGAUUAGCCUGUAAACAGCUAAGGUAUUGAUCUAAUGACAUUCCUGUCAUGUCUAAAUGACAUGUGAUGUCCAGUUAUAGACCAUGUGAUGGUCACAUGACCUGAAUAGAUUUAAUAGAUAGGCAUAAUGGUAUUGAAAGGAAUUUGUUCAAAUUUUUAAAUUAGAAUGCCACAAAAUUGUUGGACAUGAUACCAAGAGAAGAUCUCUUACAAACCGAAGUCAAAUGCUGAAUUGUUUUAAAGUAGAU